AUGGCCUACGAAGAUAAGUUGGUCAAGCCAGCCUUAAAGGUUAAGUCUGCCUUAGAUUCUUUGCCAAACCUCCAUAAUGUUUACGUUAUUUGCAUGAUUUCAUGUAUUUCCGGUAUGAUGUUUGGUUUUGAUAUUUCCUCCAUGUCGGCUUUCGUUAGUCAACAUUACUACUUGAAGUUCUUCAAUCAGCCAUCUUCAGACAUCCAAGGGUUCAUUACUUCUUGUAUGGCUUUGGGCUCAGUUUUCGGUUCUAUUGCCUGUACUUUCAUUUCUGAACCAUUUGGCAGAAGAGCCUCUUUGCUUUUGUGUGCCUUCUUUUGGUCUGUUGGUGCCGCUAUUCAAUCAUCUUCUCAGAACAGAGCUCAGUUGAUGAUUGGACGUAUUAUUUCUGGCUUCGGUGUUGGUUUCGGUUCUUCUGUUGCCCCAGUCUACGGUUCUGAAUUGGCACCAAGAAAGAUUAGAGGUUUUAUUGGAUGUCUUUUCCAGUUCUCCGUUACUUUGGGUAUCUUGAUUAUGUUCUACAUUUCAUUUGGUUUGGGCCAUGUUCACGGUGUAGGCAGUUUCAGAAUUGCCUGGGGUAUCCAAAUUGUGCCUGGUGUGAUUUUGUUCAUUGGUUGUUUCUUUAUUCCUGAAUCUCCAAGAUGGUUAGCCAAGCAAGGAUUGUGGGAUGAAGCUGAAAUCAUUGUUGCCAACAUGCAAGCUAAGGGUAACAGAGAAGACCCAGACGUGUUGAUUGAAAUCUCCGAAAUCAAGGACCAAAUUUUGGUCGAAGAAAACGUCAAGGCCUUCACUUACUUGGACUUGUUCUCAAAGAAAUACAGAUACAGAACCUUCACUGCCAUCUUUGCUCAAAUCUGGCAACAAUUAACUGGUAUGAAUGUUAUGAUGUACUACAUUGUCUACAUUUUCGAGAUGGCUGGUUACAAGGGUAACACCAACUUGGUUGCCUCUUCCAUUCAAUACGUCUUGAACACCGUUACUACCAUCCCAGCCUUUUUCUUGCUUGACAGAAUCGGUAGAAGACCAUUGUUGAUCGGUGGUGCCAUCCUGAUGAUGACAUUCCAGUUCGCUGUUGCUGGUCUCUUGGCCACAUACGCUGUGAAGGUGGACAAUGGCCCAAGCUCCUCUGUUACCAUCGGUAUUCCAGACAACCACAAGUCUGCUGCCAAGGGUGUUAUUGCCUGCUGUUACUUGUUCGUUGUCUCUUUCGCUUCCACCUGGGGUGUUGGUAUUUGGGUCUACUGUUCCGAAAUCUGGGGUGACUCCGCUUCUAGACAAAGAGGUGCUGCUGUCGCCACCUGUGCUAACUGGCUUCUUAACUUUGCCAUCGCCAUGUACAGUCCUUCUUCCUUCAAGAACAUCGACUGGAAAGUCUACAUCAUCUACGCUGUUUUCUGUUUGGUCAUGGGUAUUCACGUCUUCUUUGGAUUCCCAGAAACCAAGGGCAAGCGUUUGGAAGAAAUCGGACAAAUGUGGGAAGAAGGCAUCCCUGCCUGGAGAUCUGCUUCUUGGGAGCCUACUGUUCCUAUCUUAUCCGAUGCCGACUUGGCUCGUAAGAUGAAUGUCGAACACGCAGAAGGUGACUUGUUGCACUCUUCGACUGACGAAGAAAAGCACACUUAG